GCCAGAAAAAAAACUAGAAAAUCCCUGAAUGAAACGGCUGUUGACCUUUUCAUUGUCAAUUUACGGAUAUUAGUUAGAUUGUGAAUGUUUAUUCUAAAAAACACUAUGAAAUUUAGUGUACAUGUGAUUCUGUGAUUUAAAAUGUGAUAUCAACUCGCUAACAGGUGAUCUGUGACGCGGAAACUAGUUAUUACUCAUCGGAGUUGUACUGCGCCUCGAUAAGGGCGUUAUACGUUUAUUAGAAUCAAAAAUAUUUAAAAAUGGAUCGUAAAGACGAAUACCACGAUCCAGAUUAUGCGGGGACGUCAGAAAAUGUUAAAGAGGAGCCUCCGACCCUGUCGGAAGACGAAAGAAUAGAGAAAAUCAGGAAAAUAAUACGCCGGGAAUUUUCAAACGAGUUGGAAGUGAGGGAAAACGAAGUUAUGAUGAUCGACCAGCGGAUGACGACCUCCCGCCGCCUGCUCCACCGGCUGCGCUACGCGCUCGUGAAUAGUUACUACAGGGACCAGAAGCUGCAGCUCAGCACGUCGCAGAUCCACGACGAGACGGACAGAGCCCGCUCACAGAUGUCGUCAAUCCUGCGCGAAGGCCAGCGUCGGCUGCACCCAUCAGUCCGGAAGCUGCUGGGCAAGCGGACGGCCGACCUCAGCGAGAUCUUCAAGACGAGGCAGCCGCGCUCGCGACCCAGACCUGACUACUCGGCAAUGCUCCAAAUCCGCAACUACACAAUCGCGGCAGACUCGACCAAGUCGCUCCGGCCCGCGUCCGGCGCCGGCGCCGAGGCCGCGCCGGACCCGGACCGGACGGCGGACAGACCGCGCAAGCAGCCCAGACAUCUCGAGCCCAGGGUGGACAACGUCCUGACGCUGGAUGAGCAGACGAGGAACAAGGUCAAGCAUCGGUAUAGGAUUGUUAUCGGCAACACCUCAAAGUACGCCCCUCCCGCGUCCCGCGCAGACCGCUCGACCCACAAGUGGCUGCUGUACGUCCGCGACUACUGCCCCCCCCACAGCGCCCCCCGGCCCCCCGGCGCGGAGGGGGUGGGGGCCAUCGUCAAGUCCGUCACCGCGCGGCUGCAUCAUUCGUACGCGCCGCACCAUACUGUGACAUUGCACAAGCCGCCGUUCCACGUGUCCCGCCGCGGCUGGGGCGAGUUCACGGCGCAGCUCGAGCUGCAGUUCGCGCUGCCGCAGCUCAACCCGCCCGCCAGCCUCGCGCACACCAUCAAGCUCGACCGCAACUACACGGGGCUGCAGACGCUGGGAGCCGAAACGAUAGUAGACGUCUGGCUGUACAGCACGCCCGAGAUGAUAAAGCACGCGUACCAGGACACCAGCGACCAGACGCCCCCACCGGACACACGGACAGACACACAGACAGACACAAUAACGGAUCCACUGACAGACACACAGACACUUGAGGCUGGUAUCAAGUCUGAGGCGGCCGAUGACAGUUGGAUGGAUUUCUUCACGCGCGACUGCUCGGAGCUGGACGUGGACGAGAUGAUCAUCAAGCCGGCCAAGGCCGAGCCAGGGCCGGAGGUAGAGACGCAGAUAAAGGAAGAGCCGAUGGAUUUCGAAGAAACCUUGAUAAGAGACGUCCCGACAGAGAUCCUCAGCCAGCCGACGUCGCCGAAGAAGCGGAUCAUGAAGUACAUCGACCCCACCACAGGCAAAAUAUACUACUUAGAGAUGGACAGAAAUCUAGAUUUAAGCACAGUUCAAGAGAUUGUUAUAAAUAAUACUAAAGAGACUAAAACGAAAAGUCCCGUAAAGAAUGGAGUCAAUGUGAAAAAGAAAAAAGGAAUAUCUUUAUUGAAGCCCGAAGUGAAAAAUUCUAUAAGAACGGAGCAAAUAAACGCGAGUUACAGACACAUAGAGAAUGAUCAUUGUUAUUUAGGCUAUGGAUGGUCUCCGAAUAGUAGAGAUAGUGAUAGUGUUGUGGAAAGUGUGAAACCAGAGUGUGGUGAAUCUCGGCUGGAGUAUCUGCGGACUUGUCUGAAUAGGCUCAGUGAUGUGCGGUCAUCUGUGUAUUUUUUGCUCAAGAACAUUCCAUUGGUGGACGCAAAGGCGUCCAAUCAAAAUUACCAGAAGGUUUUUCCAUUUGUGGUGGAGAGUGAGGAGAAAUAUUGGAAAUUGGAUUUUGCCAAGAGGAGGAAUAUUGAGUGGUCGCGCGCCAAGCUGGUGUCGCGGCUGGUGGCGGGCGCGUGGCGCACGAAGCCGGUGCUGCAGUUCGCGCGUCGCUUCGGGCUCUGCGCGCCGCGCGCGGCGCUCCGCAGGUGCUCAUCCAUACAAUUACAUGCGAUAACCGAGUCAAACAUAAAGGAACUAUACCGAGCCAGUGAUAUCAAUUCAUUAAGUGUCUUCAAUUGUGAUAAUUUUAAAAGUGAAGUGACAGAAAUAGACUUGUCGGACUCGGACGAAGAGAUAGACGUAGUGGGGAGUGACACAGUGAAAGAGAGAGUGAGGGGACUGUCGGAGAGCUGUGAGGGGCUGAGGCCGCUGCCCCAGACCGAGGAGGAGCGCUUGCGGUUCCUGUUCGUGGAGAAGGUGUGCGCGGACAUCGGCAUCGAGCUGAGGAAUGAAGAUAUCGGCAACGGAUAUUCGCACAGCCUGGUGCACGCGGUGCUGGUGUCCGCGACGCGCAGCCUCGCCGAGGAGCUCCUGCGCGCCGCACUCGCCGCCGCGACCGCGUCCGGAUGGUCUUCCUCCCACGCGGUCAUCAACCUCGAGCACGUGUACCAGGCGGCGGGCGGGCCCCCCCCUCCCGGCGGCGGCGGCGGGGGAGGGGAGGGGGAGGGGGGCAGCGUCGCCGGCAGGCUGAACUUCCUGAGUGCGCAGGCGCUCGCCGCCGUGAGAAAGAAUACUUCUGCUGUGUAAUAUACGACUGAACUAUAA